AUGCCGCCAGCUACGAGGAAGAGAAAGUUUGGCGAUGAGGUUCCGGGAGGGGGAGAGAAGGGGAAGGAGGAGAAGGGAGGAAUAAAUGGAGCUCAGAAAUAUUACGCAGUUAGGAAGGGGUUUAAGACGGGGGUGUUUACCAAUUGGGAUGAUUGUAAGGAACAGAUUACGGGGUUUGCGGGGGCUAUGUACAAAUCCUUCUCGACGGCAUCAGACGCCCAAGCAUUUGUAGCCGGUAAAAACCCAGCGAAGCCAUCGAAAGGUAAUAAAUUCUAUGGUGUGGCGGUGGGGCAUAUACCGGGUGUUUAUGAGGAGUGGGCAGAUGCAAAGGAACAGAUUGAGGGGGUCAAGGGACCAAAAUUUAAGAGGUUUGCUACGAGGGAGGAGGCGGAGGAGUUUGUGAGGGAGGGGGGGAAAGCUAGUAAAAAGGCGAAGACGGGGGCGGAAAAGGAGGGGAAGGAUGAGGAGAAGAAAGUGGUAAAGGGAAAGGGAAAAGUUACUGUGGAGGAGAAUGCGCAGGCAUUUAGCGGAGCGGAUACGGUGAAGGUUUGGACGGAUGGGAGUAGUAGGGGGAAUGGCAAGGUUGGGGCAGUGGCUGGAUAUGGAGUUUUCUUUGGGGAUGGCGAUGAGAGAAACAUCUCCGCCCCCCUCGAAGGCAACCCCCAAACCAACCAACGCGCCGAACUCACCGCCGCUCUCCGCGCCCUCGAAACCGUACCCCUAGAUAAACAUAUUGAAAUCGUUACAGACAGCAACUACACCAUCAACUGCGCCACGGUAUGGUAUAAGGGUUGGGAGAAAAAGGGUUGGAAAACUAGUACGGGAAAAGAGGUCAUGAAUCUGGAUUUGAUUAUGAAGAUUCGGAAACGGAUUGAUGAGAGGACGUCGAAUAAGGUGCAGACGAAUUUGACGUGGGUUAAGGGUCAUGAUCAGAAUCCGGGGAAUGUGGCGGCGGAUAGGUUGGCGGUUAGGGGGGCGAUGGGGAGUAGGGAUGGGAGUAGGGAGUGA